GCUGCGGACAUUCUGUUUUCUACAGACAGCGCAGCGCCUCCUCUCGUCACUGCUCUCGCCUGUUUCUACUGUUUGUCAGAUUGUAAACACCACUGUUACGCCAGCCCAGCUUGGGGCUAGCAUUAUUUCCUUUUCACAGAGAGCAAGAAGAAGACAGCAGCUAGCAUAAACGGUCCUCUGAUUCCUGGUUGGGCUCUUUGUUAUUCAGUUCUCCUCAAAACAUACGAGGAUAAUGGCCAAUAAGAAAAAAGUAGUGGUGACAGGAUUUGAGCCCUUCGGUAGCCAUGCUGUAAACUCAAGCUGGGUGGCGGUACAGGAACUGGAGCGAUUAGGACUUGGGGAGGAAGUAGAUCUUCAUGUGUGUGAAUUACCUGUCGAUUAUCUGGCUGUUCAGAACAUUUUGCCAUCUCUGUGGAAAGAACAUCAGCCCCAGCUGGCUGUCCAUGUGGGUGUUUCUGGGAUAGCGACCUCUGUCACUUUGGAGCAAUAUGGCCACAACCAGGGCUACCAGCGUCUGGACAACCGCAGCUUCUGCCCGGCCUCCCGCUGCUGCAUGGAGGACGGACCCGACGAAAUAAGAUCAGUCAUAGACAUGGACAUGGUGUGCAAAAGGGUCAGCGGGUCAAACAUUGGAAUAACUGUGUCUGUGUCUAAGGAUGCUGGAAGGUAUCUUUGUGAUUACACCUACUACACCUCACUUCACCAAGGCCAGGGUCGCUCCGCCUUUGUCCAUGUGCCUCCCUUAGGAGCACCCUACAGCAGCGGUGAGCUGGGCAGAGGCCUUCAGGCUGUUAUAAAGGAAAUGCUGAGCUUGCUGGAGGCUGGUUACACUGAAGAGGAGCUAAAAGACAACAAACACUGCCGUCACAGGGAGCAACACUAAACUGAACCAUUAUUGACACACUUACAUUUGUAUGGAUGAAAGAAAAAGCCAAUAUCCUGGUGUUCCACUUUAUUUGGCUUCAUGUCCGAGACAAAUAACUGCAACUUGAUUUUGUUGUGUGAUUGUAAAUAAUGAAGACAUCCACUCUAAGGGAAUUCAAGCAUAAGUUUUACUUUUGCUAAUUUUUUAGGUGUAAAACAAUUCUAUAAAUGACAGACAUAUAAUGAUGUAUUGAUCUCAGGGAAAACUGCACAUGGAGCCAGCAUUGAUGUAUUUGUUGUUAUGUAGCUUUGCAAAGCAAAGCCGAUAAGUCACUGAACAAAUAAAGCACUU